CUGAGUGACCUGCUGACCAAGAAGAAAGAGAGAUCUGGUAAAAAAAUCAACAACAUCCAGAGAGUAGUUUUAAAGAGACACAGGAGCAUUCGUACCUCAGCUCCUUGGCCUGAGUUUCCUUCCAGCAGUAGGGAAAUGGCAGAGUUAAAGUACAUUUCUGGAUUUGGGAAUGAGUGUGCUUCAGAGGACCCUCGCUGCCCAGGCUCCCUGCCAAAAGGACAGAAUAAUCCUCAGGUCUGCCCCUACAAUCUCUACGCUGAGCAGCUCUCGGGAUCGGCCUUCACUUGUCCACGGAACACCAAUAAGAGAAGCUGGCUAUACAGGAUUCUCCCUUCAGUUUCUCACAAGCCCUUUGCGUCCAUCGACCAAGGCCACAUCAACCACAACUGGGAUGAAGUUGGCCCUGAUCCUAACCAGCUUCGAUGGAAACCGUUUGAGAUUCCAAAAGCAUGUCAGAAGAAAGUGGACUUUGUGAGUGGCUUGCACACCUUAUGUGGAGCAGGAGACAUCAGGUCUAACAAUGGGCUCGCUGUGCAUAUCUUCCUGUGUAACUCCUCCAUGGAGAACAGAUGUUUUUACAAUUCAGAUGGGGAUUUCCUGAUUGUUCCCCAGAAAGGGAAGCUUCUCAUUUACACAGAGUUUGGCAAGAUGUUCCUGCAGCCCAAUGAGAUCUGCGUCAUUCAGAGAGGAAUGAGAUUCAGCGUUGAUGUCUUCGAAGAGACCAGGGGCUACAUCCUGGAAGUCUACGGUGUCCACUUCGAGCUACCUGACCUAGGACCCAUCGGAGCAAAUGGCUUGGCCAAUCCUCGAGAUUUCUUGAUCCCUGUUGCUUGGUAUGAAGAUCGUCAAGUGCCGGGUGGUUACACCGUGAUUAAUAAAUACCAGGGAAAGCUGUUCGCUUCCAAACAGGAUGUCUCCCCCUUCAAUGUCGUGGCCUGGCAUGGAAACUAUACACCCUACAAGUACAACCUCGAGAACUUCAUGGUCAUCAAUGCGGUGGCCUUUGACCAUGCAGAUCCUUCCAUUUUCACAGUGCUGACUGCCAAGUCUCUCCGACCUGGAGUGGCCAUUGCUGACUUUGUGAUCUUCCCACCUCGGUGGGGGGUUGCAGAUAAAACCUUCAGACCUCCUUAUUACCACAGGAACUGCAUGAGUGAGUUCAUGGGACUCAUCAAAGGUCACUAUGAGGCAAAGCAAGGUGGAUUCCUGCCAGGGGGAGGCAGCCUGCACAGUGCCAUGACCCCUCAUGGCCCCGACGCAGACUGCUUUGAGAAGGCCAGCAAGGCCAAACUGGAACCUGAGAGGAUAGCAGACGGCACCAUGGCAUUUAUGUUUGAAUCUUCCUUGAGUUUGGCAGUCACCAAAUGGGGACUCAAGACCUGUAGUUGUUUGGAUGAGGACUACUACAAAUGCUGGGAGCCUCUCCAGGCCCACUUCACCCCCACUUCCAGGAGCCCGACAGAGCCUAAGUGAGACCAGAGCCCUCUACUGUAAUUGAGAACAGGCUCGCAUGGCUUCCUCGAGAGCCUCACACCUCUGGCGCUAUCGGGGACAGCGAUUAGAACGAGACUUACUCGUCAUAUUCAAGAAACUCACAAUGACUGUGGACAUGAAUUCAGAAAUGCCUAUGGCUCUCUAAUCCAUCAAUAAAUUUGUGUUUCUGUGGAA